UAAGCAAUGUUCUAAGAAUGUCAUCAGGCAUCCACAUAAAACCAAAGACUGCAGUACAGAAAACCAAGACAUCUUCUCCUUUGCCAUGUUCUCCAGAACCUGCAGUUAAACCACAGCCAAAGCCUAGUGACAAGCUGAAUCCUAAAACUAUUGAUCCAUUCGGUGCUUAUUCUCGACCACCUUCUGCAUUUGCUGCUAUAUAUGCUAAAGGUGGCAUUCCAUGCAGGCUAGUACAUGGCUCAGUAAAGCACAGACUGCAAUGGGAAUGCCUUCCUGAAACUGUUCCCUUUGAUCCUCUUCUUGUAACAUUGGCAGAGGGUCUAAGAGAGACAAAACAUCCCUAUACGUUUGUUUCAAAGGAGGGUUUUAAAGAAUUACUUAUGGUUGAAGGUGCUGCUGAAAAAGCAAUUCCCUUAUUGCCUCGUCUAGUUCCAGUGUUAAAGGCUGCAUUGGCUCAUUCGGAUGAUGAAGUAUUUGGAAGGGGAUUGGAUGGUUUAGUUCAACUGAGUGCUGUUGUUGGCCCAUCUCUUAACGAUCACCUUAAGCAUCUACUUACAAAUCUUUCAAGGAGAUUAAUGGACAAGAAAUUUCGAGAAAAAAUUACUAUUGCUUUACAAAAGUUGGAGCAAUAUGGUGGAAAGGGAACUGUGGCUAUCAUCAAAUCUAAAAUUCCAACCUAUUGCUCUAUCUCCUCUUAA